AUGUCGAGUGAAGUCUGUGAAGAUGAAGUUAGUGCACCUGUCGAAAAACGUCCUAGAACAGAACUGCUAAAUACUGAUGAAUUAAGUGACUUAGAAGCGUCGCACACCACCUCUGGGUCUGAAGUUGACGAGGACGACUUUGAAGAUAUUCUUGGACAACCGGAAAAUGUUAAUAUUUUACAGGCACAAAAGAUCUUGACUUUGCUGCAAAAAACUGCAAGUAGCACCGCCGCCACCGGGCCAGGAGACAUUUCGCAGUUACCAGACGACGGACCAACGCAGCCAGGAUUAAAAAGGGAGUUUCACUUUCCCAAGUCACACGGUCAACGUUUUAUUGCUGAGUGGUUUAAAAAGUUACCCUGGCUCGAGUAUUCCGUUUGCGAAAGUAAAAUCUACUGCUUUACCUGCCGUCACUUUUCUACAGUAGCUGAAACUACUGCGCGUCCAUUUGUUACAGAGGAUUUUUGUCAGUGGAAGAAAUGUAUCGAUGAAAGUCAAAAGAACAACAGACUAUCUAAACAAAAACUCCCAACUCCAUCUAGACAGGUCGACCAGGUACAGUAUUUUUACAAUUAACAAUGUAUUAUGGUUGAAGCUUUAAAAAAUGAAGUACAUCGUUUUAAUAUUUUUUUCCUUAUAGGUACAAGGCUUACAUGGAAUCUAAACUUGCAGACCAGACAGUCACAAGUCUAUUUAACGAAAGUCAUGUUAAAUUAGUCAAGCGAAAACGCAGUUACCUCAAAAUCAUCGCCGACACCUUACGACUGACGGCAGUUCAGAAUAUUACUCAGCGAAGACAUUUUGAAUCCACUACCGAUGAUGACAACAACAGAGGAAAAUUUCUUGAAAUUUUGUACUUUAUGAAAUAUUCAGAAAUCCUAGAGGACAGACUUGAAAAUGGACCCCAGAAUGCCAAAUAUACGUACCACACUACACAAGAUGCUAUUCUAGAGAUAUUCAGCGAACAUAAUAUUGGAUGAAAUUACCAAAGAAAUUAAGGAAGCUGAAUAUUUCGCUCGCUUAGCGCUUUUGUGCUUCGAUAUGUGUUCGAGUGCGAAGUGCCCGAAGAAUUCCUUGGUUUUAGAGUUGCAGAGGAGCUCACCGCUGAAAGCCUUAGUAAUGUUAUUCAAGAUGAAAUGAAACAGAUCGGUGUUAACAUCCACAAUCCUGUUGUUGGUCAGGGAUAUGACGGAGCCGCUGUUAUGAGUGGAAAAUGUGUCGGUGUUCAAGACAAAAUUAGAACAAUCGUUCCGUAG